AUGCCUCACUUAGCUGAUUCUGUAUUUAGGAUCAAUCAAAAUCAGACUGCUGGGGUGACCUUCAUCCUCCUGGGAUUCUCAGAAUAUCCGGACCUCCAGGUGCCACUCUUCCUGGUUUUCCUCACCAUCUACACUGUCAGCAUGCUGGGAAACCUGGGCAUGAUUGCCAUCAUCAGGCUCAAUCCCAAACUCCACACCCCCAUGUACUUCUUCCUCAGUCACUUGUCCUUUGUGGAUUUCUGUUACUCUUCUGUCGUCACGCCCAAGCUCCUAGAGAUCCUACUUGUGGAAGACAGAAGCAUCUCCUUUUCAGGUUGCAUCACUCAAUUCUUCUUUGCAUGUACCUGUGUGAUAACAGAAACUUUCAUGUUGGCAGCCAUGGCCUAUGACCGAUUUGUGGCCGUUUGCAACCCUCUCCUCUAUACAGUGGCCAUAUCCCAAAAGCUGUGUUGUUUAUUGGUGGCUGCAUCCUACACUUGGGGUAUUGCGUGUACUUUGGUAGUCACAUACUUUAUGUUAACUUUAAAUUACUGUGAAACAAAAGUUAUAAACAACUUUGUGUGUGAACACUCAGCCGUUAUUGCUGUAUCCUGUUCUGACCCUUAUAUUAGUCAAUUGUCACUUGUUAUAGUUACCAUAUUCAAUCAAAUAAGCAGCCUGGGGAUUGUUUUCACUUCCUAUGUUUUUAUCUUUGUCACUGUCAUGAGAAUGCCUUCUACUGCAGGGAGAUACAAAGCCUUCUCAACCUGUGCUUCCCACCUCACUGCCAUUGCUAUUUUUCAUGGCCCCAUCCUUUUUCUCUACUGUCUUCCUACCACCAAAAGUUCAUGGUUGUUGGUAGAGAUAGCCUCUGUCUUUUAUACCGUGGUCAUCCCCAUGCUUAAUCCUUUGAUUUACAGUCUCAGGAACAAAGAUGUGAAGCAGGCAGCCAGGAGGUUAAUCAUUUCCCAACUAUACUGUCAUAAAAGUUGA